GCCAAUCGACGUCCAAUCUGCCCGGGAUGGGGAGGGGUUUAUGCAAAUCGCGUCGCCUUCUAGAGGCACAUAGUGAUACAAGAGCUGGGAGGCGGCCCCAGCCCGGACCUUAGAGAGCACAGCUGCCCGCCAGCCAGCCCCGGUCCCCGCGGCCCGCCCAGGCUCGGAGCCAUCCAGCGACCCGGCGAGCGGCCUCAGGCCUGCAGGCCCCAGGCCCCGCCAUGGGGAAGAACAACAGCAAGCUGGCCCCCGAGGUGCUGGAGGACCUGGUGCAGAACACCGAGUUCAGCGAGCAGGAGCUCAAGCAAUGGUACAAGGGCUUCCUGAAGGACUGUCCCGGUGGCAUCCUCAACCUGGAGGAGUUCCAGCAGCUCUACAUCAAGUUCUUCCCCUACGGCGACGCCUCCAAGUUUGCGCAGCACGCUUUCCGCACCUUCGACAAGAACGGCGAUGGCACCAUCGACUUCCGGGAGUUCAUCUGCGCGCUCUCGGUCACCUCCCGCGGCAGCUUUGAGCAGAAACUCAACUGGGCCUUUGAGAUGUACGACCUGGACGGCGACGGGCGCAUCACGCGCCUGGAGAUGCUGGAGAUUAUCGAGGCUAUCUACAAGAUGGUGGGCACCGUGAUCAUGAUGCGCAUGAACCAGGAUGGGCUCACACCCCAGCAGCGUGUGGACAAGAUCUUCAAGAAGAUGGACCAGGACAAGGACGACCAGAUUACGCUGGAGGAGUUCAAGGAGGCGGCCAAGAGUGACCCAUCCAUUGUGUUGCUGCUGCAGUGUGACAUGCAGAAAUAGGGCUGGUGAGGGGCAGGGUCCCUGGCCAGGAGGGAGCAUGGCUACCUUCCUACCGGAUGACCUCUCUGGCUGGCCCUACCCCAGGGAGAGGAGCACUCCAGCAUCACUUUCUGGCCUACCCACUCUUCUAUCAAGCCUCUUCUCCCCUCAACCAAGAUCCUUGAGGGACCACCUCACCUUGCAAAAAAGAUAGGUCCUCGGGCAUCCUGUCGUCUAGCUCCACCCCCAGCCUUUGCCCAGAACCAAAAUUCUUUGGGCAUAGGGGAGUUGGCUUUUGCCCCAAGAGGCAGGGUUAUAGAUGGUGGCUGGGGUCCCACAUUGAGUUUCUGCUGGGGUUAUGCUUUCUAGAAUGUGAUCCCUCCAGUCUCAGUCAAAGGGCCAAAUUGGGUCAUUCUCCUGAGAAUGCAGAUCCCUUCAAGGCAGUCACUGCCCUGCCCCUUCAACUCUACCUGGCCCCUCUGGCCCCCACCUUGGAGCAUGUAUUCAGUCCUUUCUUCAGCCAAUGUUUAUUGAGCAUUUGUUCAAUGCCAGGCACCUUUAGGGGCUGAGAAUAUGGUAGUUUACAAGACACCUUCAUGCUGUCUGGAAGUCAGGGUAGUGAGGCAAACUUCCAGUGGUGGGGAUCUCAGACGGGGAUGCCGAGCGCAGCAGAGGGGGCUGCAGGCUGGCUCCUCUGAGAGGAGCCGGUCCGUCUUCCAGCUCAGCUCCUCACGAGACUGCAGAAGUUGGAGAUGGAAGGCAUUUGGAAGUUUAGGAGCCAUGUGAGCAGAAGUUUUGAGAAAAAUGGAAAUUUACAUUUUUUUAGCAUCUUUUAAAAGAGCUAAAGUCACUUUAUUAGUGUAAGAUGUUAAAAUAGACUCUAUAUUACUUGGUUUCUUAUAAAAUGAUUGCAUAUUAAAGAUGUCACUUUUCAGGGAGAAAAAAAAUACUAGAAAAAGAGGGGAGAUAGCACCAAGCUGCCCAGGUAACACUCCCUGUCAGGCUAAUCCUGAGCUGCCCCCGUCAGCAGCCUCACUGCCUCUACGGCCCCUUGUUACCAUUAUCAGCCCAACAAGCACCUCUCAAUUGCUCACUUACUCCGGUUGGGUGCUGACUUCAGACGCAGAGAAAAUAAGGUUUGGCCAAGCGAGACACGCGUGUAGCCCAAAUCUCGGGAGUUUGUGCAUGCGGUUUCGUUUCAGGAAUAGGCUUGCACUUUGCUGCGGAAGCAGAAGGAGCUAGAAGAAAAGGACUACUUGGUCCCUGUUUAGACUCUCAGGGUAUGCCGACGGACCAAAUGCUUAAAACUGUGCCGGCACGCUUCAUUUGAGAGGCUUUUUCUAACCCUGAAUCCUAGAUCUGCCAGGUGAUUCAUCUUCCAAGUGUGCUAGCUUUGCUUUCCCGUUUUGGAUCCGUGAGCUAUACAGCUGCAUGCUUUGACUGCCGGAAAAAUGCUUCUUCAUCAGUAAAGUCUUUCACUUUGCUUUCUCAUGUGCUUGUGAUUAGAAGUUAGCUUUGCUGUGCAGUGACAGUUGAUUUCCUCUUGAACUGCUGGUGAAAACUGUCUGUACACAGGUGCCGCUAGCCCUGGGUGGGAGUUGGGAGUGGUUUCCGAGCAUGGGUGUAGGGUGGCAGGGAUGGCCUCUGUGGGAGAGAUGCAACCUGCCUCACUUAGUUCUCACCUAUCCUGCCGCUCUGCUGGUGGAAGCUCUCAGGAAUGUUGACCUUUGGUCCCAAACUCUAUCCCACUUUCCCUUCUUGCUGCCCUUUGAGGUAUAAGGCCAGAGGAUUGCCGUCCCCUUUCUACCCUUCCGCUAAUAACCAGCCACGUGGCGAGGCUAGGAGGUUCAUGUCCUCAGGCAGCCUCUAGCAGGCAUUUAUUCAGUAAUGCCUCCGGGAUGUUCUGUUGCUCUCGGGAGCUGGCUGUUAGGUGUGUCUGAAGUCUGCACCACAGACGCGUAGAUGCUCAACAGCCUGGCUCUGCUGGGACCUGAGUCUUCUAGUGGAAGGCUCUUCACUGAGAUUCUUCUCCCCUAAACAUGAAUCCAGCCUAACACAUCACACAGAGUAUCAUCGCUUUCAAAGGCUUGCCAUCUACCCCGUCUCAUUCUGUCCUCGCAGCCCAGAGAGGCAGGGCUUUUUGAUCCCUUUCUUAAGAUGUGGAAGCUGCGGUUCAGAGAUGGGAGCCCCCUAGGUGAGAGCACGUAGUCAGGAGGUGACAAGACUUGAACCCAAGGCUCUAAGGCAAUUUCUUCUUUUCAGAGUCUUUCCUGCUCAUUUCUGUGACUGAGUUGUACAGAGGUUGACUAAGUUGGUUUUUGUCUUUUUAAACUUUCUGCUAAAAAGUUUCUUUUUUUUUUUUCCCCAAAAGAAACAGGAGCUUGGUUGAAGUGCCCACAUUUUUAGGCCUCCUGUUCCCUCUUUCUGGUAGCUCUGCUAAUGGGCCAAUGCCGUCCUGAGGAGCUUCUGACUCAGAACCCUGGAAGCAUCUCGCAUUGUCUUCCUCCCUAAGAGAACAAUUUUGUUCCAAGCUGGUGGGCGAGUCCUGCCCAUGAGGACUUGUCUAAUCACCGCAGGCUUUGAAUACAUACUCAUGGGUGAUAUUUGCUGGUCAGGCCGAGGAUUCUCAGACACAUAAUGCCAGGCCAGAAACUGGGACCACUAUUUUACAAUAGAGGAGCCACAGGUGGACCAGGUCAUAUUCCCACGGGCUCUUGGGCGUCCCAGAGACGGUGUGCUCAGGAGCCUCUGUGGGAGAGCAGCAGCCCUGCUUUGAGAAGAGAGGCAGAUCCUCCAUCACCGUCCCAGGGACUUGCUACAGAGCACAAGGUUAGCAGAGAUGUAUGUAUGACUCACACAGACACAAAAACAUUCAGGCAGUUAAAACAUUGAUGUAUCCAACCCUCUUUUGGAAUUCUGUACCUCCUUGCAGCCCCUCUGUGCACUGCAGGAUCUUAGACUCUGACUUCUCAUAUAUUCUGUUCUUACUCGUCCUUUUGGGCUAAUUGAUGAGCCCCUAUUUCUAUAUCUUUAAAAAUGAUCAACAAGGGCUUCUUCAGAUGGACACGCCAGUCCUUCGAGCCGUAGUCAGGAUUAUUAAAUUUACCUUUAAAUCAAAAGUUAUGAAAAAAAAAGAAAAAAAAAAAGACUGUAAGCCAAGGCACAAAAUCCUCUUUCCUGAAAAGGGCAGAAUCCCAGCGCAUCCUGCUGUGGGGUGGAGGUGGGGUAUGUGAGGUCGGAUGGUUAGAAGAAAAGAAAGAGAGAGAAUAGAAGACGCUGGGGUUUGUAGGCAGGAGAGUAAGCUAACACUGUAAAUAUUUUUACACAAAAAUGUAUUAAAGCAACAAAUAUUUCCUGGGGAUCCACCCAGGGUGAGGCUUUGUGCUGUCUUUAGAGAUCACCAUGGGGCAGGAAUCCAUUUCUUACAUACCUUAUUCGUCAUCCUUGAAAAAAGAAAGUGUUCAAAUUCUGAAGUGAAUAAGUCUCAAGAAAAGUGUGAGAUUUUCUUUCUGAAAAUGUUAGGGUUUUUUUAGUGUUGUUUUAUAUCUUUGUUAAAAUAUGGGGCAGAACUGGGCCGCCCGGGGUGAAUGGCUUUCCUGCGUGGCGGAGGCUGGUCACGCCAGGGCCUCCUAGGCAGCAGGGUGAGGCAGGGACUGGGUGGCAGAGGGGAGCCCAGUUCACCACAGGUUCUCCAGUGUAGCCUCCUGUGCCCUCCAGUUGUGUGACUUCUGGCUGUGCCCACAGGGAUGUCCUCACUGUCCCACCCUGCGCUGCUGCGCUGUAUGGUGUUGUUUUUCUCCCCCACUAACAAUGAAUAAAGGGUGUGACUGUGCAGAGG